AUCGCAAAAGCGUCUCUUUUGAUUAAAAAAAAAAUAAUAAUAAUAACGAUCUGCGAAGAGUAACUUCAAAAGACCGUCCGAGCGGGGUCCAACUAUACGUGAUUGCGAAUAUUUUUCGGUUGAUUCUGUUAAAAUUGUCAUCUUCGAUUACUCUGUCUCGCGCUUUCUCCCUCCCAAUUUGUAGAAGAAGAGGAGGAGGAGGAAGGAGCAUAGGAACAUGUUGAAGUUCUUGAAGGGAGUAGUGGGUGGAUCUAGCACGGGAAUUAAAGAUCUACCCUACAACAUUGGCGACCCUUAUCCCUCUGCUUGGGGCUCCUGGACACACUUCCGUGCCACCUCCAAGGAUGAUGGGUCUCCAGUGUCUAUAUUCUCUCUAUCUGGCAGUAAUGCCCAAGAUGGACAUUUAGCUGCUGGUCGAAACGGUGUCAAGCGUCUCCGCACUGUCAGACAUCCCAAUAUUUUAUCAUUUCUUCACAGUACUGAGACUGAAACAUUUGAUAGUUCUACUACAAAGGUUACUAUCUAUAUUGUCACAGAGCCUGUUAUGCCACUGUCUGAAAAGAUCAAGGAACUAGGUUUAGAAGGUACACAAAGGGAUGAGUAUUAUGCGUGGGGAUUGCACCAGAUAGCCAAAGCUGUGAGCUUCUUAAAUAAUGACUGUAAGCUUGUUCAUGGUAAUGUAAGUUUGGCAAGUGUUGUUGUCACGCAAACUUUGGAUUGGAAGUUGCAUGCCUUUGAUGUUCUGUCUGAGUUUGAUGUCAAUAAGGAAGCAUCCAUGGUACCAAUGCUGCCAUAUGCUUGGCUUGUUGGAGCACAAUACAAACCAACAGAGUUGUUAAAUUCCGACUGGGCCACGAUCAGAAAAUCUCAACCAUGGGCUAUUGAUUCUUGGGGCUUGGGCUGUCUUAUAUAUGAAAUAUUCUCUGGCAUGAAGUUGGGAAGAACAGAGGAACUAAAAAACACUGCUUCCAUUCCAAAGUCUCUGCUUCCAGAUUAUCAGCGGCUUUUGAGCGCUAUGCCUUCUCGUAGGUUGAAUACAUCUAAGCUUAUCGAAAAUAGUGAAUAUUUCCAAAAUAAGUUGGUGGACACAAUACAUUUCAUGGAAAUUCUAAAUUUAAAAGACAGCGUUGAAAAGGAUACUUUCUUCCGCAAGCUUCCAAAUUUAGCAGAACAGCUUCCUCGCCAAAUUGUCUUGAAAAAGUUGCUUCCUUUACUAGCUUCUGCCCUUGAAUUUGGUUCAGCUGCGGCCCCUGCUUUGACUGCGGUGUUGAAAAUGGGUUCUUGGCUUUCAACUGACGAAUUCAGUGCCAAGGUAACACCAACAAUUGUGAAACUCUUUGCCUCCAAUGACCGAGCUAUAAGAGUUGGUCUUCUGCAGCAUAUUGAUCAAUAUGGAGAAUCAUUAUCUUCACAAAUUGUUGAUGAGCAAGUUUACCCUCAUGUUGCUACAGGGUUUGCCGACACAUCUGCUUUCCUUCGGGAACUGACUCUCAAAUCUAUGCUUGUUAUAUCUCCUAAGCUUUCUCAGCGCACUAUUUCAGGGUCACUUUUGAAAUAUCUCUCAAAGUUACAGGUUGAUGAAGAGCCAGCGAUUAGAACUAACACUACCAUUUUGCUUGGGAAUAUUGCAAGCUACCUAAAUGAAGGGACAAGGAAAAGAGUUUUGAUUAAUGCAUUUACAGCUCGUGCAUUACGCGAUACUUUCUCUCCAGCAAGAGGAGCCGGCAUCAUGGCUCUUUGUGCCACCAGUUCUUACUAUGACAUCACUGAGAUAGCGACUCGGAUUCUUCCAAAUGUCAUCGUACUUACGAUUGAUCCUGACAGUGAUGUAAGGUCCAAGGCAUUUCAGGCGGUUGAUCAAUUUUUGCAGAUAUUGAAGCAAUACCAAGAAAAGGAAAAUUCAGGAGAUACCACUGGAGCUGCAGGCCUUGGAAUGCAAUCAAUUCCAGCGAAUGCUAGUUUACUUGGAUGGGCCAUGAGCUCCUUGACUCUCAAAGGCAAACCUUCUGAACAAGCUCCUGCAACUUUGAGCGUACCUCUAACUUCAACUUCUUCCAAUGCCAGCUCAGUGAUGGAUACUCCAAGUACAGCACCUGUCCAUGAGCAUUCCACCUCUGAUUUUGCUGAUCAACCUGUACCUGAAUCCCCUACAUCAACGGAUGGUUGGGGAGAGCUUGAAAAUGGAAUUGACGAAGCAAUUGAAGCUGACAAGAAUGGGUGGGAUGAUAUUGAACCCCUUGAAGAGCCAAAGCCAUCUCCAGCUCUUGCAAACAUUCAAGCAGCUCAAAAGCGGCCAGUCUCACAGCCUGCUUUGCAGCCAAAACAAGUUGCAAGUUCACAGCCUAAGAUUACAGCCAAGGUCACCAAACACGAUGAUGAUGAUUUGUGGGAUUCCAUAGCUGCCCCUGCUCCUAGAACAGCAUCAAAACCGUUAAAUGUGAAAAGAGCUGGGACAGCCGGUGAUGAUGAUCUCUGGAAUGCAAUUGCUGCUCCCGCACCUGUAACCAGAGCCCAGCCUUUGGCUGCUGGCAGAGGCCGAGCAAAGCCUGCUUCGCAAAGUUUGGGUGCACAGAGAAAAAACCGGACAUCCUAAUCUGGCAUGGGAAUUACAGAACAGAAAAGAGUGAGGGAAUUAUUUUGUACAUUUUUUUUAUUGUUCUAGUGACUGACCUUCACAUCAUUAUAAAACGGAUCCAUGUCACUGUGAGUUGUAUUUGCAGUCUGCUGUGAGUGUUGAUUAUAUUAUUUGAUUUGUAAUAA